AUGAAUACCGGUGGUCGGCUCAUCGCUGGUUCUCACAAGAGAAACGAAUUCGUGCUGAUUAACGCCGAUGAGAAUAUACGAUCAGUACAAGAACUGAGUGGGCAUUCAUGUCAAAUAUGUGGAGAUGAGAUCGAGUUAACGGUUAACGGUGAACUAUUCGUUGCGUGCAACGAAUGCGCAUUCCCGGUUUGUAGACCAUGCUACGAGUAUGAACGUAGAGAAGGAAACCAAGCUUGUCCUCAGUGCAAAACCCGGUUCAAACGGAUCAAAGGUAGUCCAAGAGUUGAUGGAGACGACGAAGAAGAAGACGACAUCGAUGAUCUCGAAUACGAGUUUGAUCAUGGUAUGAUGGACCCUGAGCAUGUCGCUGAAGCUGCACUCUCUUCACGCCUCAACACUGGCCGUGGUGGCUCGGAUUCAGCUCCACCUGAGUCUCAGAUUCCUCUCUUGACUUAUUGUGAUGAGGAUGAUGAUAUGUAUUCUGAUCGACAUGCUCUUAUCGUGCCUCCUUCGACCGGAUAUGGGAGUCGAGUCCAUCCUGCGCCGUUUACAGAUUCUUCUGUGCCUGCACAAGCAAGGUCAAUGGUUCCACAGAAAGAUAUAGCAGAGUAUGGAUAUGGAAGUGUUGCUUGGAAGGAUCGGAUGGAAGUGUGGAAGAAACGACAAGGCGAAAAGCUUCAGGUCAUUAAGCACGAAGGAGGAGGAAACGAUGGCCGAGGUUUUAACGAUGACGACGAACAAGAUGAUCCUGACUUGCCUAUGAUGGAUGAAGGAAGACAACCACUGUCAAGAAAGCUACCGAUUCGUUCAAGCAGAAUAAAUCCUUACAGGAUGUUGAUUCUGUGUCGGCUCGCUAUUCUCUGUCUUUUCUUCCAUUAUAGAAUUCUACAUCCAGUAAAUGAUGCGUAUGGAUUGUGGUUAACAUCGGUUAUAUGUGAAAUAUGGUUCGCCGUUUCUUGGAUUCUUGAUCAGUUCCCCAAAUGGUAUCCUAUUCAACGUGAAACAUACCUCGACAGACUCUCUCUAAGGUACGAGAAGGAAGGAAAACCGUCGGGAUUAGCAUCAGUUGAUGUUUUUGUAAGUACAGUGGAUCCGUUGAAAGAGCCACCGUUGAUCACAGCAAACACUGUUCUUUCGAUCCUAGCCGUUGAUUAUCCUGUGGAUAAGGUCGCUUGCUAUGUAUCGGACGAUGGAGCUGCGAUGCUAACGUUUGAAGCUCUUUCUGAUACAGCAGAGUUUGCAAGAAAAUGGGUUCCUUUUUGCAAGAAGUUUAACAUCGAGCCGCGAGCUCCAGAGUGGUAUUUCUGCCAGAAGAUGGACUAUUUGAAGAAUAAAGUCCAUCCUGCUUUUGUCAGGGAACGUCGAGCUAUGAAGAGAGAGUAUGAGGAGUUUAAGGUGAAGAUAAAUGCGUUGGUUGCAACAGCACAGAAAGUGCCUGAGGAAGGUUGGACGAUGCAAGAUGGAACUCCUUGGCCUGGAAACAAUGUCAGAGACCAUCCCGGAAUGAUUCAGGUCUUCUUGGGACACAGCGGAGUUCGUGAUACCGAUGGGAAUGAGUUGCCUCGUCUUGUGUAUGUGUCUCGUGAGAAGCGGCCUGGUUUUGAGCACCAUAAGAAAGCUGGAGCUAUGAAUUCUUUGAUUCGAGUCUCAGCUGUUCUGUCAAAUGCUCCUUACCUUCUUAAUGUGGACUGUGAUCACUACAUCAACAACAGCAAGGCGAUUAGAGAAGCUAUGUGUUUCAUGAUGGAUCCGCAAUCCGGAAAGAAAGUUUGUUAUGUCCAGUUUCCUCAGAGAUUCGAUGGGAUUGAUAGACAUGAUCGAUACUCGAAUCGCAAUGUGGUCUUCUUCGAUAUUAACAUGAAAGGUCUUGAUGGGAUACAAGGACCGAUAUACGUUGGGACAGGUUGUGUCUUUAGAAGACAAGCUCUUUACGGUUUUGAUGCACCAAAGAAGAAGAAACCACCUGGCAAAACCUGUAACUGUUGGCCUAAAUGGUGUUGUUUGCUCUGUGGGUUAAGAAAGAAGAGUAGAGCUAAGGCUAAAGACAACAAAAAGAACCCUAAAGAGACUUCAAAGCAGAUUCAUGCUUUAGAGAACAUUGAAGAAGGUGCCGUCGUUCCAGUGACAAAUGUUGUGAAGAGAUCUGAAGCAACACAACUGAAACUGGAGAAGAAAUUUGGACAGUCUCCGGUUUUUGUCGCCUCUGCUGUUCUACAAGAAGGUGGAGUUCCUCGUAACGCAAGCCCUGCGUGUUUGUUGAGAGAAGCCAUUCAAGUCAUUAGCUGCGGAUACGAAGAUAAAACCGAAUGGGGAAAAGAGAUUGGGUGGAUUUAUGGAUCAGUGACGGAAGAUAUCUUGACUGGUUUCAAAAUGCAUUGCCAUGGAUGGAGAUCUGUCUACUGUAUGCCAAAGCGUGCAGCUUUCAAAGGAUCUGCUCCAAUCAACUUGUCGGAUCGUCUUAAUCAGGUCCUGCGUUGGGCUCUUGGCUCUGUGGAGAUUUUCUUGAGCAGACAUUGUCCCAUAUGGUAUGGUUAUGGUGGUGGUUUAAAAUGGUUGGAGAGAUUCUCUUACAUCAACUCUGUUGUCUAUCCAUGGACCUCUCUUCCACUGAUCGUCUACUGUUCUCUCCCUGCUGUCUGUUUACUCACCGGAAAAUUCAUCGUCCCAGAGAUAAGCAACUACGCAGGCGUUCUCUUCAUGCUCAUGUUCAUAUCCAUAGCAGUGACUGGAAUUCUCGAAAUGCAAUGGGGAGGUGUCGGAAUCGACGAUUGGUGGAGAAACGAGCAAUUCUGGGUGAUCGGAGGAGCUUCUUCGCAUCUGUUUGCUCUGUUUCAAGGUUUGCUCAAAGUACUAGCUGGAGUUGACACUAACUUCACAGUCACGUCAAAAGCAGGAGACGAUGGAGCUUUCUCUGAGCUUUACUUAUUCAAAUGGACAACCUUGUUGAUUCCUCCGACAACGCUCCUGAUCAUAAACAUCAUCGGAGUUAUUGUCGGUGUUUCAGACGCAAUUAGCAAUGGUUACGACUCUUGGGGACCUCUCUUUGGGAGACUGUUCUUCGCUCUUUGGGUCAUUGUUCAUUUAUAUCCAUUCCUCAAGGGGUUGCUUGGGAAGCAAGAUAGAAUGCCUACGAUUAUUGUGGUUUGGUCUAUUCUUCUUGCUUCGAUCCUGACGCUCUUGUGGGUUAGAGUGAAUCCGUUCGUCGCUAAAGGUGGACCAGUGUUGGAGAUUUGUGGUCUGAAUUGUGGAAACUAA